AUGCAUAAAGUUUCCGUAACAGCUCCAGUUAAUAUCGCUACUUUAAAGUACUGGGGGAAAAGAGAUACUUCAUUGAAUUUACCAACAAAUUCUUCAAUUUCUGUAACAUUAUCACAAGAUGAUUUAAGGACUUUAACUACUGUUGGUGCAAGUGAUGAUUUCAAGGAAGAUAAAUUAUGGAUUAAUGGUAAAGAACAAAAUUUAGAUACUCCAAGAACUCAAUCAUGUCUUGCUGAUUUACGUAGUUUAAGAAAACAAUUAGAACAAGAAUUAUCAUCUCAAGGUAAAGAUUUCAAACCUUUAUCAUCAAUGAAAUUACAUAUUGUAUCGGAGAAUAACUUCCCAACAGCUGCUGGUUUAGCUUCAAGUGCUGCAGGAUUUGCUGCUUUAGUAUUUGGUAUUGCCAAAUUAUUUGAAUUACCUCAAGAUAAUAGUGAAAUCUCCAAAAUUGCUCGUAAAGGUUCAGGUUCUGCUUGUAGAUCAUUAUUUGGAGGUUAUGUUGGAUGGGAAAUGGGUAAACUUGGAGAUGGAAGUGAUUCGAAAGCCGUUCAAAUUGCUGAAGAAGAUCAUUGGGAUAUGAAAGCUUUAAUUUGUGUAGUUUCUGAUGCUAAAAAAGAAGUCCCUUCAACUAGUGGUAUGCAAUUAACUGUUAAGACUUCAGAUUUAUUCCCUAUUAGAAUUAAUGAUGUUGUACCAAAACGUUAUAAUGAAAUGGUUGAAACCAUCAAACAAAAAGAUUUCGAAAAAUUCGCUGAAUUAACUAUGAAAGAUAGUAAUUCUUUCCAUGCUACAUGUUUAGAUUCUUACCCACCAAUCUUUUAUUUAACUGAUACUUCAAAGAAAAUCAUUUCUGCUAUUCAUGAAUUAAAUAGUCAAGGUACCGUUGUAGCUUAUACAUUUGAUGCUGGUCCAAAUGCUGUUUUAUAUUAUCAACCAAAAGAUGAAGAAAAAGUUAAAGCUUUCUUAGAACCUUACUUAGGCCAUUUGAAUGAAUGGAAAGAUGGUAAAGGUGAUGAUGAAAAGAAAUUGGACGGUGUAUCCAAAUUAAUCUGGACAAGUGUUGGAGGAAGUCCAAAAAUCGUUGAUGAUUGUUUAAUUGGUGAUAAUGGUGAACCAUUAUAA